UAGUACUUUCCUUUCCUUUCUCAGCUCUUCCCACUCGACACUCGCUUCGCCAUAGCACCGAUAUCUCUAUUAUUAUUUUUCCGCAUAAGAGAGGAGAGAGAGCUUUUCCUUUUUCUUUCAUUUCCCUUCGUCUCGGAAGCAACGUAGAGAAAUGGGAGACGAACCUUCUCUGACUCGCUGGUCUUUCCAGGAUUUUAAAUUGUAUUAUGAUGUGAAGUUUGGGAGAAAACGGGAGACUGAGCAGCAAGAUGGGUCACUGCAUCUAGCUGAUCAACGAUCAGUCACUAAUGGGCAUACUCGGAAUACGGUGGUUGGGAAUGGAAAUAUCAAAAACACAUCUGAUAUGGCCAUUUUUGAGCAGUUCCAGAGUCAGGAGAGGGAUGGCACCUCGCAACUUCCUGUAUCUCUUUCUGGGCGAACUGACGAAAAGCCGCAAAGGUCUCUGCUUCCUGCUUUUGAAUCUGCAGAAAUGCGCACCUUAGCAGAGAGUUUAAGUAGGGAUAUCAUUCGUGGGAAUCCAGAUGUGAAGUGGGAAAGCAUCAAGGGGUUAGAGAAUGCAAAGCGCCUUCUCAAGGAAGCGGUUGUGAUGCCAAUAAAGUAUCCCAAGUAUUUCACUGGUCUUCUAUCACCAUGGAAAGGUAUUCUGCUUUUUGGUCCUCCAGGAACAGGGAAGACUAUGCUCGCAAAGGCUGUUGCAACUGAGUGCAAUACUACUUUUUUCAAUAUUUCAGCAUCAUCUGUUGUCAGCAAAUGGCGUGGUGAUUCAGAGAAGUUGGUGAAAGUUUUAUUUGAGCUUGCUCGGCAUCAUGCGCCAUCAACCAUAUUUCUUGAUGAGAUUGAUGCAAUCAUUAGUCAACGUGGUGAAGCGCGAAGUGAGCAUGAAGCCAGCAGACGUUUGAAGACUGAGCUACUUAUACAGAUGGACGGUUUGACACGGACAGAUGAGCUUGUCUUUGUUUUAGCAGCAACAAAUCUGCCUUGGGAGCUGGAUGCAGCUAUGCUUCGCCGUCUUGAGAAGCGAAUCCUUGUACCUCUUCCAGAACCUGAAGCAAGAAGGGCCAUGUUUGAGGAACUCUUGCCAUUGGAGCCUGGCGAAGACGAGCUUCCAUACGACUUGCUGGUGGAAAGGACAGAAGGUUACUCGGGUUCGGAUGUCCGUUUAGUUUGCAAAGAGGCAGCCAUGCAACCACUAAGGCGGUUAAUGGCAACUUUGGAAGAAAAACAAGAAACAGUUCCCGAGGAAGAACUGCCAAGAAUUGGUCCAGUCACACAUGAAGACAUCGAAACGGCUUUGAGGAACACGAGACCAUCAGCUCAUCUUCAUGCUCACCGUUACGACAAAUUCAAUACUGAUUAUGGUAGCCAAAUUGUUCGGUGAAAGGUCAAGUCGGCACCCUUUUCAAACUUGGUCUAUAUAUCCUUUUGGGUGUUUGUGCAUUUAUAACCAUCAUUCUUUUAUGAAACCAUGUGGUUGAAUUUGGUCAGGUCUGGUUAGGAAAAAAAAAAGUUCAAGAAUUUUGUAUCAUUGCCUCUUUUUUUUU